CCAUGGGAGCAGGACAAACAACAACAGCAGUGGAGUCCAGCUCUGUGCCCAGGAGCAUACAGGAUGAACUGGCUGAGCAAAGAAAAGUACUUGAUAAGCUUCUGAACUUAAUCCAGGCUCAAAAUGCUGAACUGAAGAGCCUGAAGAAACAAGUGGAAUUUCUGACUCGAGACAGAACAGUUCGCCAAGUGGCUUUCUCUGCUGCAUUGCUGGAAUCAGGUGAACAGUUUUUUGGACCAUAUAAUACUGACAAGACUCUUGUGUUUAAACACGUGACCAUAAACUCUGGAAACGCCUACAACAAAAUCACAGGCAUCUUCACUGCCCCGGUCAGAGGAGUGUACCACUUUGAGAUUUUUGCACACUGCAGUCGUGGUUUACCGGCUGAAGCUUACCUGAUGAAGAACGGCCGUGGCAUCUUCAUGGCCCAUGAGAGCAGUACGAGUGGGAGCACCACAGCGGGGAACGCCGUCUCUCUGCUUCUGGAGGCUGAAGAUGUGGUCUAUGUCGUUCUAACAGCCAAUAACACACUUAAAGACAACGAACAUCACCACACUACAUUCAGCGGCCACCUGCUGUUCACAAUGUAAACUCACACUGAAAUACAUUGAAAAAGUGUGUCCAAACUUUUGAAUGUUGU